AUGAAUCCGGAACAACACAUGCUAUGCACCAAAGCACUUUCAUUGACAAUGAAAAAGAUGGCUUCCCUAGACUUCCCGGCCUAUGGCAGUCUAUACUUCUCAGAUGCACCUCAAGACUCGGACUCGAAGAUUCCCUUCGAGCAGGGCUUUUGUGUGGGACCACAUUGCAGUCCGGUUUUCUGGAACCGAAAUCCGGGGGAAAAUGAGCUCUACAAUGGCCCAAGUCCCAAUUGCGGACCUUGGAAAGAUCUUCCAAGUUACUGUCAAGGUUUGAUAGAUACGGGUUUCUCUCGUUUGCCCAAAGAAGCCGCAAAUACUCGCAAGCUUCCAUAUCAAGGAUCAAUUCAAGAUCACGUCCGUCUAUUGAAAACAAGUCGGGAGGUGAUGCAAAAAUUGAUCGAAGAUAAACGCAUUGUGGACGCUGCUGCACCAGUUCUGCUUCACUCGGAUUUUCACAAAAGGAACAUUUAUGUCUCUGCCAAAGAACUAACUGUUAUCACUGGCCUGAUAGACUGGCAGUCAGCCAGUAUUGAACCCGCGUUUAUUUACGACAACGAAACGCCCGAUUUCGCUACACCCCCAACAGUCCCCGAGGAAGAUCCACACGAGAACGAGCGAAAUAAAACACAAAACUCCCGACAAAAGGAACGAGAAUUGAAAGAUGCAUCCGUCUGUCAUCAAACAUUUGAUGUGGUCAUGAAACUCCUUAUUCCUAAGCUUCGUCCUGCAAGAUUACUUGAUCCAACUCUGUUCCGACUCUUUCACUACAGCCAUACAUCUUGGAGAGACUCUGCUGCCGCUGUUCGCCAAGAGCUAAUUGAGCUUUCAGCUCGCUGGGCGGAACUAGGGCUGGAUGGCAGAUGUCCAUAUUCUCCCACCGAAGCGGAAUUGAAACAGCAUGCUCGAGACUACGAAGAUUUCGAGGCUGUUCAAGCACUCAAGUUAUGGCUGAAAGACAAUCUUGACACCAAUUCUGAUGGGUGGAUCCCGAAUGAUGCAUGGGAUGCUGCGAAGGCUGCUCAUCGGGCAGCGUAUGAUGAAUGGAUACAGACUGCCAAAGAAGCUGAGUCCAAUGGAGAAGACAUGACAGUAGCAAAGGCGGACAAGAUGUGGCCAUUUGAUGCCAGACAGUUGUAA